AUGCGACCCAGAAGUCUCGAGCCAAUGAAAACUGGGGACUGCAGACAGAAACGCAUGAUACUCACCGUGACCAUUCUGGCUGUCUGUCUUCCAAGUCCUGGGAAUGCACAGCAACAAUGCACUAAUGGCUUUGACCUGGACCGCCCGUCAGGACAGUGUUUAGAUGUUGAUGAGUGCCGGACCAUCCCUGAGGCCUGCCGAGGAGACAUGAUGUGUGUCAACCAAAACGGCGGGUAUUUGUGCAUCCCCCGAACGAACCCCGUGUACCGAGGGCCCUACUCCAACCCCUACUCGAACCCCUACUCAGGUUCUUACCCAGCAGCUGCACCCCCGCUGUCAGCUCCGAACUACCCCACCAUCUCCAGGCCUCUCAUAUGCCGCUUUGGAUACCAGAUGGAUGAAAGCAACCAGUGUGUGGAUGUGGAUGAGUGUGCAACGGAUUCCCACCAGUGCAACCCUACCCAGAUUUGCAUCAACACCGAAGGAGGCUACACCUGUUCCUGCACGGAUGGCUACUGGCUACUCGAAGGCCAGUGCUUAGACAUUGAUGAAUGUCGUUAUGGCUACUGCCAGCAGCUGUGCGCGAAUGUUCCCGGAUCUUAUUCCUGUACAUGCAACCCUGGUUUUACCCUCAACGAGGAUGGAAGGUCUUGCCAAGAUGUGAAUGAGUGUGCAACUGAGAAUCCCUGCGUGCAAACCUGCGUCAACACCUACGGCUCUUUCAUCUGCCGCUGCGACCCAGGAUAUGAACUUGAGGAUGAUGGCGUUCAUUGCAGUGAUAUGGAUGAAUGCAGCUUCUCUGAGUUCCUCUGCCAACAUGAGUGUGUGAACCAGCCAGGCACGUACUUCUGCUCCUGCCCAGCUGGUUAUAUCCUGCUGGACGACAACCGGAGCUGCCAGGACAUCAAUGAGUGUGAGCACAGAAACCACACGUGCAUCCUGCAGCAGACCUGCUACAAUUUGCAAGGGGGCUUCAAGUGCAUCGACCCCAUCCGCUGUGAGGAGCCUUAUCUGCGGAUCAGUGAUAACCGCUGUAUGUGUCCCGCUGAGAAUCCUGGGUGCAGAGACCAGCCCUUCACCAUCUUGUACCGGGAUAUGGACGUGGUGUCAGGACGCUCUGUUCCUGCUGACAUCUUCCAAAUGCAAGCAACCACCCGCUACCCUGGGGCUUAUUACAUUUUCCAGAUCAAGUCUGGGAAUGAGGGCAGAGAAUUCUAUAUGCGGCAAACGGGCCCCAUCAGUGCCACCCUGGUGAUGACUCGCCCCAUCAAAGGGCCCCGGGACAUACAACUGGACUUGGAAAUGAUCACGGUCAACACUGUCAUCAACUUCAGAGGCAGCUCUGUGAUCCGACUGCGGAUAUAUGUGUCCCAGUACCCGUUCUGA